AAUCGAGCAAGCCCGAGAGCCUUGCCAUUCACAGAUUAAUAAGUGCUCAUGAGCCCGCCAAAAUCUGCGGAGCUGCAGAUAAGUUUCGAUUGUACAACUUCUCGUCUCACUUGCGUCAGGUUGCGCAGCAUAUUUAUAUCGUCUUAGAGUUUUACGACAUGUUAAAAUACUACCUUUUACUCACAGAGUAUGUGAUGCUAUAGCGUUAGCCAGUCACUAUUCGGGAACACCACAAGCGCACUUCCUAGAGCUGCAGUUUUAUCCCCGUCUGACGAGGAUCGGUUUCCUGACUAUACAGAAAUAUCACGACUUCAACUGUCGAAAUUUAUUUGAGCCUCAUAGAGUCGCACUGCUACUAAUUAGUUGUUCGGGUAGUUCCCUAGGUUGGUUUUAGUAAGUUCUUUAGGCGGUUUCCACUUGGAAUUCCAUAUCUUUUCAGGCUGGAUCCUAGUCCCCGGGAUCACUAAAAACUCUAUUUUGCAGCGCAUUACUGCUUCAGUACAGUGAGUGGAUUCUGCCUCAUAGGGCUACCCCACUUACCGCUGUUACGCAACGGGAACGGCUACGGCUGCGGGCCUUAACCUAACCUAACUUUGUGGAACGUUGCGCGUAACGGGUGGGCUAACAAAGCAAAAAAGAUGGAUCCACUGUCUGUUACUGCUAGCGUCCUCGCAUUAGCGACCGCAGCGCAGCAGACUGGCAAAUAUCUUAAGGAUUUGCAUAGUAUGAUGGGUCAACUGCCUGGACGGUUACAUACACUAAAUAAUGAAAUUGCCGACUUGGAACUAAUACUGCAAAGCGUAGCCGACUUGAUCAGGCAGACAGAGCUGCCUCUGUCAGCAGGGCUAGGGGAGGCACAGACUGAUGCAGCACCUGCAUCGGGUUUUGUCGGCUCAGCCAAUGAGAAGAGCAAGGGGGAUGAUGGGAACACCGAUAAUGUGUCAUUUGCGGAUUCGGCCAAGCCCGAACGGCCAACUGAGGACUUGACCGCUAAGCAUCUGACUACCGAAAAGGAGACCGAUCCGAGUUACAACUUAGAAGAUGUCGCUGGGAUUGUGAGUCGCGCUAAAGGUUACCUCGAUGAGCUACGCACUCUAGUGACCGAGAUCCAACAGGCCGGAGGCAAUUCAAAAACAGCCCGCCUCUCACGCGUGAGGCGUUUUCGAAAGGAGCUACCCCGCCUGAACGGAAUCCAAGAAAAUAUCACACACGUCAAGGCAAAUCUCAACAUUUUACUCGGUGCUGCAAACACACGGCAGAUGCAACGUAUGCAUCUAGAAUUAAUCGACGUAUCUACUACAUUUUUGACAGAAGAUUUCCUUGAACAUAGUCUCGUCGCGCGUCGCCAGGACGACACCCUUAACAAGAUCGUUGAAUACCUAGAGAGAGUCCAUACGCGGGUCGAUAGGGUCGAAACCAUGCUCGCCCAACAGCACGAACGAUAUGAACAAAGCCAAGUAGCGCUGCUUGGUCCAUCGCCACCAUACAGCAAACACCCUCCUCCUCUGCAUAGCUCCUCUGCAUCCUCUCAAUUUGCGCAUGUCGAUGACCUCCCCUCCUCAGCACCAAGUGGACAACUUCAAGCCGUCAAUUUCCGCGUAGCGAAUCGUAACAGGACUUGCCAAUCUGGUUGUAGGUGUGCCUGCCACCGCCCGUCGCGAAAAAAUACGCCUUCUAUCGUGGAUCGCAUUUUUGGUCAACUAUUCGUCGGAUAUGCUGGAAUUCCAGUCGUAACUCCAAAAUGCGACGACACCGAGUGCCGCAAUCGCCAACAACCCCAAAUCCAAGCAGAGUACUGGUUCCCUGCAGGGGUUUUCUGGUCUCAGAUCCUACGUUUCCAAGCAACAUUUAAUGCCAACACGGGCCCACAAUUUCAAUUGAAAACGCUCCGUCGUGUUCCAGAUUCAGCUGAAGCUGUCACAUUUGCCAUGAAAGGCGAUAUCGAGGGUUUGAAAAGUUUAUUCAGACGUGGCCUUGCAUCCCCCGUUGAUGUUAGUGAUACUAGAGGAUAUUCAUUACUACGUUGGGCUUUAUAUAGCAAUCAGUACAGAACUUGCCAAUACCUUGUCUACGCCGGGGCGGAUCCCGAUUAUCGCCCGAAAGCUCUCACUGAUAACUCUCCUCGCAACAAGGCGAGUGAUAUCAUCCUACAAGGUGGUCUCUCGAGAGAAACUGUAGAAGCUCUCUCAUGCAUGACUAGCGACAGCGAAUGGAUCGAAGAACAGAACUUCCCUCGGAUCCAUAAACUGGUUACUGGGCUUAUGAUCGGAGACCUUGCUGAGGAGCUGACGAAGCACCCCGAAGCAGUCAAUGCUCAAGAUGCUAUGGGUCGUACCCCGCUAUUAUGGGCAGCGGCGCGAGGAGACGAAGAUGCUGUGGUUACGCUCUUGAACUUCGGGGCUGACCCUAAUAUCAUCGAUGUACAAUGGUCGGGGCCUGUCGCUUACUCGGCAGACCGCAACCACACAGCCUGUACUCGAAUUCUUCUCGAAGCUGGUGCUGAGACUGACGUUAAACUUCCACCGGGAUACAAAAUUGGAAGCCCGCUCAACUGCGCAGCUCGCAAUGCUUCCGAUCCUCUUCUCAUCAAGACUCUUCUUGAUUUUGGUGCCAAGGUUGAUGCCUGUGGUGUCGAUGGACGCACAGCGCUGAUCCACGCAGCUCGAAUAAAUAGACCCGACUUUGCGCUUUUACUACUUGAGCAUAACGCCGAUAUCAACGCAGUUUCGACCGCUGGCCACACGCCUCUCACGACUGCGAUCAUGUGCAACAGUCACGAGGUACUAAAACUAUUGCUUGAUCGAUGGCAGGACUACAACGAUUGCCCCCGGUUAAAGGGCCCACAUCUUCUUAAGAUCACGGCGCAAUACGCUGAUCUAGAAACCGUCAUGAUUUUAAGUACGACGAACCAUUUCAAACUGAAAUACGAUAUGAACUACUCAACAGGAGAUUUUGAGACGCUUCUUGGCGAGCGACACGAUGCGGACGAGAAGCUAGUCAAGGCAUUUUCCGAUUUCUUGUCUAUUAUACGGGAACAACUGUCGGAUGAAACCCUAAUGGAAGGCGGGAUGCGCUUUAGAACGCCUAGUCCGGCUUGCAGUGCUGGGUAUGACACCGAGAGUGUGGCUACUGAUGAGUUUGAGGAUGCGCUUAUGGAUCUGAAACUGGAUGAUGCGGGUUCUGGGAGCCAAUCUGCGGUGAAGAUUAAUCCACAUACGGGGAAGGGAUUGAUAUGAUUUAUGAUAUACUGCAUGAUUUAGAACUUGAGGAGUAUAUACUAGGAAUUUUGACAUAUUAGCGACGGAUAUCUUGCGAGGAGUUGGGAUUUGGCGCCGGGUCUAGGAAAACACGGACUAAGUCCGAAGGCGCAUGAUCUCGGGAUUUAACAGCGAUUAGGUGUUAAGUUGGCGGGGAUGAGAUACCACAUACGAUAGAAAGCAUAGCA